AUGCCGCCUGCCUGCCGCCCUAGCGGUAAUGCCGCCGCCACAGCGGUAAUGCUGACGCCGCUCGCCCCAGCAUCCAGCUGCUGCUGGGUUCCGACGCGGAACAGCGUCAGCAACUGGAGGCUAUCGUCCUACGUGGACUUCGGAGUGAGAUCCGACACCAGAGAACCCAACAGGUCCCCCGACGUCGCCAUUCUUCCCUUCAUGAGGUGCGAACUCAACUCUGAAAUGGAUCCGGCUGCCCCCUCAUGUCAGGAGGGAGCCUACCUGCCAAAGUUUCUGCCUCCGACCCCGGAAAAUGGAGCCCACAUCCACGCAGAGGUCAACAAAGAGCUAGAGAUCCAAGUCAGAGCCCAGGCCACGCAGUCGGUCAUGCAGGAUCUGAUCUUCAGCGGCCCGACAAACGUCACCGUGCACAAGACCUCGCAGGACGAGUUUGUCCUCAGAUGGACGCCGGUCCCAGACGACCUGGGAGAUCAUUUCCCAAUCUGCUUUGCGGCGGAAUCUGCAGCAGGGUCCAGGAUUUAUCAGUCUGAGAUGAGGUGUGUUUUUGUGGACAUCGGAACACAGAAAAUCCAAGCCACAGUGACCUGCACUGAAUCCACAAUGACGGUGGAGGUGGACAAGUCUUCCUUCUUUGGACUUGAAGAGGAUCACCUUCAACUCAGUGACCCCACCAACACGGUCUGUGACCUGGAGAGGUACUCCAACAGCACCCACAUCGUCGGGGUCAUCCCCCUGAAUGCCUGCGGCACUCAGAUCGAGGAGGACGACGACUACCUCUACUUCAAGAACGAGAUCACCACGGUUGAGGACACCCACCCGGCGCUGAUCACCAGGAAGCACCUGGUGGAGGCUCGUUUCUACUGCCAGUACCCCAAGAGGGGGAAUGUGACCCUGGGGUUUACAGCCCACAGGAAGAACGUCACCGUGUGGGAGAGGGGCUUCGGCAGUUUCACCUACCAGUUUGAGUUCUAUCCUGACAACCAGUUUGGGGCCAUGAUAGACCCAAACUUGUACCCGCUGGAAUACGACCUGGGGAGCAGGAUCUACAUGCAGAUUGAAGCCUCCACCUCAGUCAACAACACCGAGAUGUUUGUGGAGUCCUGCAGAGCUGCGCCGUACGACAACCCCAACUACCACCCGACCUACUCCAUCAUUGAGAACGGCUGCACGAUUGACUCCACAGUUCAGAUCCACCCGCCCUCCCAUAACAAGCAGUUCCAGUUCAGCAUAGAGGCCUUCAAGUUCAUCGGCCUGCACGACCAGGGCUGCAUGAACACCACCUUGCUCAGUGGUCACCACCUUCACAAGAGGGAGGCCGUCAUCCAGAGCGGCGCCCAUCUGGUGUCCCAGGGUCCCCUGCGCCUCAGGAGGUCGGCGGACGGCGGCGGCAGCUCAGCCGGUGGCCUGAACAUGAACCUGGUCUUCGUCGUGGGGUGCCUCCUGGCCGCCGUUGGCAUGGUCUGCGGCGUGGUGGCGUACAGAACCAGGAGGUCGAAGGUCAGAUACCAGCCUCUGGCCUCUUGUGAGCGCUAA